GGGAGAGAUAAAUUACAUCGAAUUAGAAGGGCUGCAUCUCAUACAGCAACCAUGACUUGGAUGACCAAUGAUGCUAAUGACUCCUUGGAUGAUUCUCUGAUCCUUGUUGUACAUAUCUAUGAUGCAUUGUCUUUCCUUGGAUUUUUGCUCCUCCUUGCAGUACUGCUCCUGGCAGCUCUUUCCAAGCAAAUAAAGUGCAGGUGAACAUGGUACAGUCUGAUAAUAUCUUGGAUGAUUUUCAUGUUCUUGUACCUAUACCUCAUGAACGA